CCACUGGAGCAGCCCAGGGACAGAGGAGGGGAGUGGCAAGGAACAGAGGCAAACUGGUGUAGCAAAUUGCACCUUGCAACUCAGAGCACGAUGUUUAUGUACCUUGGAAGACUGCGCUAGAUCCGAGACCAAACGUGGGUUAUAAAGACCCCACCUGUGCGACAGCAAACUCUUGCUUUUGCUAAGAGUGCUAGUAAGGAAUCAUCAAACGCAACACAGAGUUGCAGUGUUCCUAACUGGAAAGGAAAAUUCCCAGGCUAUCUAGCCCUUAACUCUGCCAUGGCCACAAAAACCACCGGCUCAAAGAAAUACCUCCAGCUGCUCCUUCUUCAGGUUGCCCUUCUAGGCCCUGUUUUCUGUGGGAAGGUGUUGGUCUGGCCGACGGAAGGCAGCCACUGGCUGAACAUGAAUGUAAUUAUACAGGAGCUCAUCCACCGUGGGCACAGCAUUACCAUCCUGGUAUCCAACGCUACCCUCUUCAUUGAACCCAAGGCUAAGGCUGGGGAGACGUUUGAGUUCUAUUAUGUGCCCUAUGAGAAAGAUGUCCCUCAGAGCCUGAUUAAUGAAAUAGUGGCACUGUGGCUCAAUAACAGGCCGACCAUCUUCACCUUCUGGCAAUUCUACAGGGAGCUGGGAAGAUUGUCCGUAGGCUGGCAGAAGAUGAACAAGCUGAUGUGCGACUCAGCACUAAAUGACCGAGAGCUGAUGGCUCGCCUGCAGGGGGCUGGCUAUGACAUGCUGCUGUCAGACCCGGUGACCCCCUGUGGGGAACUCAUUGCUCUCAAGCUGGACAUCCCCUUUGUCUACUCCCUACGCUUCUCUCCAGCCUUCACUCUAGAGAGGCACUGUGGCAAGGUCCCAACCCCACCGUCCUACACGCCUGCAGCCCUGUCUGAGCUCACUGAUCACAUGACCUUUUUUGAGAGAAUAAAAAACUUUGUGUCUUACCAUCUGCAAGACUAUGUUUUCCGGACCUACUGGGGACACUGGGAUAUCUACUACAGCAAGAUCUUAGGUAACAGCCACUGGCUGAACAUGGAGUUCAUGCUCCGGGAGCUUGUGCUCCGGGGCCAUGAGGUGACUGUGCUGAUGCCUUCAUGCUUCCUCAUCUUCAACCGCACACAGCCCUCACCCUUCCAGUUUGAGGUGAUUGAGGUGCCGAUCACCCAAAAGGAGAUGGCCGCCAUAAUGGAUGAAAUAUUCGAUUUCUUGUUCUACGAGGAGAGAGUGCUACCAUUCUGGAAAAGUGCUUACAAGGUAGCUCAACAAAUUACGAAGCUGGAGAAUGUAAGCAGAACCAUUUGUGACGAGAUCCUGAAGAAUGAGGCGCUGCUAGAGAGACUGAAGGCUGCUGCCUUUGAUGUGCUUUUGGCAGACCCACUGACACCCAGUGGGGAGCUGUUUGCUGAGAAGCUGGGUAUCCCCUUCGUGUAUACCAUCCGGUUCUCCCUAGGAAACACGCUGGAACGGCUCUGUGGGAAACUCCCAGCACCUCCUUCCUACGUACCAGCCGCCCUAAGCAGCCUAACCGAUAGGAUGACCUUCUCAGAAAGGCUAAAAAACAUCUUCACGUACACUUUUCAGGAUAUCCUAUAUCAUUACCUUUUCUGGGGAGGCUGGGAUCAAUACUACAGUGAUGUUUUAGGAAGGCCCACGACCCUGUGUGAGACGAUGGGGAAAGCAGAGAUAUGGUUAAUCAGAACUUACUGGGAUUUUGAAUUUCCACGCCCUUUCCUGCCCAACUUUGAGUUUGUUGGAGGACUUCACUGCCAGCCUGCAAAGCCACUACCAAAGGAAAUGGAAGAAUUUGUUCAGAGCUCUGGGGAACACGGCAUCGUGGUAUUCUCUCUUGGGUCAAUGGUCUACAACCUAAGUGAUGAAAAAAGUAACGUGAUUGCCAAAGCCCUCAGCCAGAUUCCACAAAAGGUCCUCUGGCGGUACAAAGGGAAAAAACCAGAAACUCUGGGCUCCAACACCAGGAUUUAUGACUGGAUACCCCAAAAUGACCUGCUUGGACAUCCCUCCACCAAGGCCUUUAUUACUCACGGUGGGACGAACGGGCUCUAUGAAGCCAUCUACCAUGGGAUCCCCAUGGUUGGGAUUCCCAUGUUUGCCGACCAGCACGACAACAUUGCUCACUUAAAGGCAAAGGGAGUUGCAGUUCACGUGGAUUUCAGCACACUGAAGACUCAGGACCUGGUUGAUGCACUGAAUGCAGUCAUUUACAACUCCACCUAUAAGGAAAAUGCUCUAAAGUUAUCCAAGAUACAACAUGACCAGCCAGUUAAGCCUCUGGACAGAGCUGUCUUCUGGAUUGAAUUUGUCAUGCGCCACAAAGGAGCAAAGCACUUGAGGCCAGCCUCUCACCAUCUCACCUGGUACCAGUACCACUCCCUGGAUGUUCUGGCAUUCUUGUUCACCUGUGUAGCCAUUCCUGUCUUCAUUCUUGUUAAGUGCUGUUUAUGUUGCUGUAGAAGACGUGGCAGGAUUGCAAAGAGGAAGAAAGAAUAGACAUCCUAUUCUCAUCAGCACUUUUUCUUCUCCUAGGCUGAUUCAGCAAGGC